CUUCUGCGUCUCAUGGCUGCAUCACUUUAACGCACUGAGCGCUUCUGGUUCUCCCUGAGCUCCACAUUUUACACUCAGUGUUUUCUCAGCCUGUUCUUCUACAAUUUCAUGAUUCAGACUUUGAGGCAACUUGCAGAUCAGGCAGAUGAGCUCUUUGUAUGAAGAUAAGGAGUGCUGUGAGUUAGGGCUCCCUGGAGAGCUCACUCAAGUGAACUCCGAGGAGCUGGAGUUUGAUUACCUGUUUAACUAUGAACCACCUGAGAGCGACUUUCCUUCUGGAGAUCUUAAAGAUGACACUGAUCUCCCCCUGCACACACACCCUUACCCCUUGGACGAGCCUUCCCCCUAUACUGAAAGCAGUUCUGAGGGUCUUUCUGGCUAUGAGCAUCUGGAGCCGAAAAAUUACGUAGCGCACGUAAGGUCUGCUCCCCAAGCUGUGAGUCCCAGGAUCGAGAUCACGCCAUCACGUGAGCAUCACAGCCAUGGGCACAACUCACUCCAUGACCCGCUGGUGAAUGCCAGCCCCAGGCCUACGCUCACAGUGCCCGGUCUGGACUGUGCCAUCUACCGUGAGCCUCAGUGCCUGAGCCCAGCCAGCAGCAACUCGUCAGCCUCGUGGCACUCUGAGACUUACUCGCCCUUCGCAUCACCCUGUGUGUCCCCAGGUAGCGGGCAGGCUGUGGCUGGAGAGCUGUGUCCUCGCUUCCAAAACAUCCACACAGGCUCCCCUCGCACCAGCCCGGGGACCUCGCCCCGCACCAGCCUAGCUGAGGAAAACUGUUCAUCCUCAAGGCCCAGUUCUCGCUCUACAUCGCCUCAGGGCAAACGCACCUACGACAUGUACAGGAACCCGAAUCUGGUGGCUGCGGCUCGAUCACGAAGUCCUUCACCAAAUGGCAGCCAUGAUGACCGUCAUUCUGCUACCCAUUAUGGCUCUAACAGCCUGACAGAGGUUGUUAACGGGUUUGGCCCGGGGUCAGUACCCACAAAGAUUGUGAGAACCAACCAGGCAGCCUACACUAUAUACCCAGAUGGCCACGGAGAGAGCUACCUGGUGGAACAAGACGUCAAGACCAAAGCAGAGCCAUACUUUGUCAUUCCGUCAAUCUGGCCCAAGCAGCUAGUGUCUGGAAUCUGCAGCAUCCCUGUUACCUCUCUGCCUCCUCUGGAGUGGCCUCUGCCCAGCCACACAGACCAGUACGAGCUGCACAUUGAGGUGCAGCCCAAACCACACCACAGGGCACACUACGAGACCGAGGGCAGCCGAGGGGCUGUUAAAGCUCCUACUGGGGGGCAUCCAGUGGUCCAGCUACAUGGAUACAGAGGCAAAGAGCCGCUCGGGCUGCAGAUCUUCAUCGGGACGGCGGACGAGCGGAUCCUGAAGCCGCACGCCUUUUACCAGGUGCACCGCAUCACAGGCAAGACCGUGACCACGACCAGCUACGAGAAGAUGAUCAAUAGCACAAAGGUGUUAGAGAUCCCUCUAGAGCCAAAGAACAACAUGAAAGCAAUAAUUGACUGUGCCGGGAUUCUGAAGCUCAGGAAUGCCGAUAUAGAGCUGCGGAAAGGCGAGACGGACAUCGGGCGGAAGAACACCCGUGUACGGCUGGUGUUUCGCAUCCACAUUCCUCAGCCAGGGGGUCAAUACGUGUCUCUGCAAGUGGCCUCUCAUCCUAUUGAGUGUUCCCAAAGAUCUGCACACGAGCUGCCCAUGGUGGAAAAGCAGGACAUGGACGGCUGUUCAGUGCUCGGAGGUCAGCAGAUGAUCCUGACUGGGCAGAAUUUCAGUGCUGACUCAAAAGUUGUAUUUACAGAAAAGACCCAUGAUGGACAGCAAAUUUGGGAGUUGGAAGCCACAGUUGACAAAGACAAAAGCCAGACAAGCAUGCUGUUUAUUGAAGUGCCUCCUUAUAGAGACCCAACCAUCUGCCAUCCUGCUAAGGUGAACUUCUAUGUGGUCAAUGGGAAGCGAAAACGCAGUCAGCCUCAGCACUUCACGUAUACACCUCUGCCAGUUUCUUCCAUCAAAACAGAACCACUGGAUGAAUAUGAAUCUGGACAAAUUGGAUAUAUGAUGUCCCAGUCCUUGGGUGUUUCCCCACAUUCCUAUUACCAUCACAACCCCCGUUCAGUCCUCAGCUCGGAUAAUGGCUUACUCCCCAACAUGGGUUCCUGUCACCAGAAUCAUUCAGGAAUCUCUCCUUCAGAUCCCUGCUUUCAGCAGCAUAUUGUGUAUCCUCGUGCUGAGAAGAACAUAGGGUCCAGCUUAUACAUCCAAACAGGAGUCAUGGUGCCAGAAGCCCAUCGUUCUGUUCUGGUCCAUGCUGGUUCCCCAGUCAAGUCCUCUCACUUGAUUGGUCAGCAUCCUGUCAUCCAGUUUUCCCCUACCAACCAUCACUUGUUAAGAGGGGGGGAAAAUAUUACACCACCAGCGCAAGAACAUCAGAACCUUUACUGUGAGGGCUACAGUCCGCAAGGAACUCAGACAUCAGUGGCUUCACGUUCUCCUGCUGCAGCACAAGCCCCCCAAACUCAACAUUACCCCACCGUCAUUCAGCAACAGCCUUAUACACACAGGCUUCCAAAGGACAGGUCCCCUCCUGGGCAAGUCCAUCCACAAAGAUGUUCCUCUGCUGAGGAACAGAGAGCUUCUCUUCCUGGACGAGUCACUGUCAAGCAGGAGAACCUGGACCAGGCCUACCUGGAUGAUGAUACACUACUGUCCAUGUUUCCAGGUGAAGGUUAUGUAUUAAAUGUAGGACAGAUGAAGUUAAUGAGAUCAUAAGGAAGGAUCUGACAGGAGUGCACGGCCGAGGACAGACAUAAAGGAAAGCGUGGUGCCUGAAGUGUGUGGGACUUGCAGUAGUGCCUUCUUCUCCAUGGAUCAGUUUGCAGACACCAGCAUCAGCAGCAGUCGCUUGGAUUAGCUCCAAUUCGAAAUGUUUUUGACCUCAGAACCUUUUGACGCCAAGUAGAUUGUGCUUCAUAGCCCAGGCAAACAAAUACCUUCACAAGCAGCUUUAAAGCAACAUUUUUAAAGGCCUUGUAGUUUCAGAUUCCAGCAGUGACCGCUCAUGAAAUACGGUCUGUUUGUCAGUGUAAGUGAUUCCGAUUUCAUAUUUAAAAAAAAAACCUUGCACAUGUGGAAAAAUGGCUUCCUUUUGAAAGGCUGUGCAUUUACCAGUGUAUGUCAAACUGUCAAACACAUGGCAGAAAGUCAGUGAGAUUGUUUGAGACAGUCAGACAGCCUCGGGUUUACGUGGGAUACUUUAGAGAAUUAGCUCAUUAAAUAUGUAGCUCAAUCACCGUCCUUAUUUUUACUUUUGAUAAAUGCUACCGUGUUUUUUAAAAAAAAUCUAAUUUUCAUUAUGAUAAAAGCUUCAAUAUUUUUUUUAAAAAAUUGCAACUAAAUGCACUGUUCUCUCAGAGAAUCUUUUCAUGCAAAAUGUGCACUUCUUGCCAGUGAAUUAUAUUGACUUGUAUAUAGUUUCACUGAAAAUUGGAUUUUUAUUCAGGAGAUUUACUGUAAUUCGAUAUUUCUACACCAUCUAUACAUUUUCCUCGUGCAUUAAGAUCCAUAGAGAUUGAUAUCAGGAUAAUGUACAGUAUAUCUACAGGAUACAGAACUCCAGAAUUAAAACACAGAGCUGAAUUUAUUUUUCUCGAGCAGUCGAUAUUAUGAUGUUUUGUGCCUUUUGCUAUUAAGCUGUAAGUAAAACUUUGGAAGCGGUUUACAGAUGAGGAGAAGAACGUAUUCUCGCUUUUGUAUCUUACAGAGCCGAACAUGUCUUGCACUACAUUCAGACUCUAACACCAUCUGGGUUCAUCUUGCGCUUUUGUAUUUCUACCUGUUGUCUUACUGACAGUGCUACGUCUCUUUUUUAUUUUAUUUUUAUACAGCUAUUUACAACAGUUUUAUAAAAUCCACAGCUUGCACAUGAAGUUUCUUUGAUAUAAUUGUUUUUUUUUUUUUUUAAUAUACAGUACUGUGCAAAAGUCUUAGGCACCCUGUUUUUUUUUUCAAACAAACUUUGUUAUAGGUUUUUAUUUUAUGACUUCUACAUUAUCGAGUCAGUACAAAAAUAUUUUAGAGUUCCAAACAUUCGUUUUCCAGCACAAAAUUAAAUGUUACAGAACAAUAUGUUUGUAUCUGAGCAGCGUAUUACAUAAGAGAGCACUUUUCAGAUUAAAAAAGAAAACAUAAUGAAGGCUUCUGGGUUUUGGUGCAAAAUUAUGAAGCGAGUGUGACAGUCAAAGUGUCCAGAAGAACUGUGGCUGGUUCUGUAAGAUGCUCAGUAAAACCUGCAGCUCAUUUUCUUAUAAAACUGCACUCAUUGGACCUCAGACUACUAUUUUUUUUAAAGCAAAGGGUCGUCUCACACCAAAUAUUGACUUUGUUUCAUUUAUUAUGGCUUACUGAUUACUGUUCAUAGUCUUUUUGUAAUGUUGAAACAUUUUGUUUCAUUAUUUUUUUGAAGUCAUUUUUGGUCGACAGCAUUUCUUUACGUGUACCUAAGACUCUUGCACAGUAAUAUAUAAAACUACAAGUAUGAUUAUUGUGUUUCAUGUCAGAGUUGGUUUUAGCCAUAAGUAAUAUGCUGAGCAUAUGAAUAGAUUUUUAUAAUCUAAAUUCAAGACUUUAAAUCUAUUGAUGUCCUCUAGGUACAUCACAUUUAUUCGCCAAAAAUGUUUCUAAAAGAAAUGAUCUCUUAAAGGGAAUAUACAGUAUGAGAUGUGAAAUUUGACAUACUUCUGACUAAUGUUUCGUAUAUUUUGGCAGAAUUAUUUCUUCACUGUUUAAUUAUACUGUAUAUACAGACGGGUGACAAGUUGAGCAUCGCUCCUUUAACUGACUGAUCUUUAUCCCAUAACGAAACAUUUCAUUAUCUCUCCUGAUAGGUGUGGUUUCUUUCCACACACCUGAAAAUGAUGUAAAUCCCAACCCCACCUGAUUACAAAUGAGAGAUUUUGGAUCUCCUGCAAUCUCCUCCACCAUCAUCCAAACACCAAUUACACUACCGUUCAAAAGUUUGGGGUCACUUUGAAAUGUCCUUAUUUUUGAAAGAAAAGCACUGUUCUUUUCAAUGAAGAUCACUUUAAACUAAUCAGAAAUCCACUCUAUACAUUGCUAAUGUGGUAAAUGACUAUUCUAGCUGCAAAUGUCUGGUUUUUGGUGCAAUAUCUCCAUAGGUGUAUAGAGGCCCAUUUCCAGCAACUCUCACUCCAGUGUUCUAAUGGUACAAUGUGUUUGCUCAUUGCCUCAGAAGGCUAAUGGAUGAUUAGAAAACCCUUGUACAAUCAUGUUAGCACAGCUGAAAACAGUUGAGCUCUUUAGAGAAGCUAUAAAACUGACCUUCCUUUGAGCAGAUCGAGUUUCUGGAGCAUCACAUUUGUGGGGUCGAUUAAAUGCUCAAAAUGGCCAGAAACAUGUCUUGACUAUAUUUUCUAUUCAUUUUACAACUUAUGGUGGUAAAUAAAAGUGUGACUUUUCAUGGAAAACACAAAAUUGUCUGGGUGACCCCAAACUUUUGAACGGUAGUGUACGUGAACUUUUUCCUCUAAAUACAGUUCCAUAGACUUGUACAAUCUAUUCCAAGGUACAUUAAAGCUACUCUGGUGGCUCAUGAUGGCCCAACACCUUCCUAAAAUACUUUAUUUUUAUUAUUAUAUUUUUAUUUAACCUUUUCACCCGUCUGUAUGUAUAUAUUAUAUCAUAUAUUUAGAUAUUUUUACUGGAGCCAUUAUCUAAGCAUGGUGCUCUUAACAUCAUGGCAAGCCUCUGAAUGUCGACUCAUUUUCACCUGUAAAUACGCUCGCCUGAAUAUGUAAAAAAUAUUUCUUUUACUUCUACUCUGCUCUGUUACAUUUUAUGACUAGUCGAUUCAAUCAGAAGUGGAGGAAAACCUUUAUCUUUACAGACGAAUCCUUUCGAGACGUUUCUCACCUUUGACCGUUACGUAACCAUGGUUGUAGUAAUAAUAUGCAAAUGACCUUGCAAAAUAGGUCAGCUACUUUAUUAGAUUAAUAUAAAAAUAAUGCCAAUAUUUGCCAAAGAGAAGCUGUUAUAUCUUUUAUAAGCAUCAUGUAAAGGCUUUAUACCUGACAGUUUUACUUAAUCCAGUCAUGUGGUGAAUGUUUCAUAGUUGUCUGUCAAGAACAUAAGCAAUAAAUCUGAUUGAAGAGA